AUGGCUACUUCCAUUUCUGCUACUGGUUUCAAAGGGGGCCUUUCCUCUUCUUUCCAUGGAAGCUGGGGAACUUCCAUUGUUGGUGAAGCCGUGGUGGUGCCGCCAUCCAACGUUCGGGUUGCGCGGCCGGUCCGAUCGCAGCCUAUGAUGAAAAACGUUAAUGAAGGAAAAGGUCUUUUUGCUCCAAUUGUUGUAAUCACUAGGAACAUUAUAGGCAAGAAAAGGUUCAAUCAGCUAAGGGGCAAAGCCAUUGCUUUACACUCACAGGUAAUUACUGAAUUUUGCAAAUCCAUAGGAGCAGAUUCUAAACAAAGGCAAGGACUGAUUCGACUAGCAAAGAAAAAUGGAGAAAGACUUGGAUUUCUUGCAUGA